CAUCAACCUACUGUUACUAAUUUUCCUACCGUCCUGCAAGGGAAUGAGAUAAAAUAAAAUAAAUUGUUAGUUAAAUAGAUAGUGGUGCCAUUGGAAAUCUAAAAAAGAUGUUAACUGGGCAUUUACUAGGGUUUGCCACUUGCCAACGGCCAUUCCCACCUUGAGCCCCCAAAGCUCUUCCCUUUUCUUUCACUUUCCCAUCUCCUUAUUUUGCCUUCCAAAAGUCAUAUUUACACGAAUCCCCUUUUCCCUCUCUUUGGGAGAAAGCAGUUCCUAGUUAGUAAAAUCUAUAACCAGAGAGAAAAGAGAGAAUUUUCAGUAACAAUGUCAAACAAGUCCCCAAUCUUUCCAAUGCCUGAGCCUCAGCACUUCAGUGACUAUGGCUUUGACCCCCAAAUGGACUAUUUUCAGGUUUUGGAAGAAGCAAGGAAGCACAAGAGGGAAACAUCAAGAUCCAUAGACUCUCUACAUUUCAAGCUCCAAAAGCCCAUCUCGAAAGACGAGCAUUCCAAGAAAACCCACAAGGCUAAAAAGAAGAAACGUUGGUGGAAAAAUGCCCUGCUGUUCUUCAAGUGGAAGAAAUGGACUCCACAUGGCAAUAACCACCGUGACAAUCUUGAUCUAGAUCUUGAUCUUGAACCUGAUGUCCAUCGUGCAAGGGCUAGAGCUUUCAGGGCUUCAAUUUCAGGACCUGUUUACAUAACCGAGAGCAGGAGCGGUUCCAGCACUCCUUACAGAACCACGAGCCGCCCAUCUUCGGGUCCCCUGGCUGGAACUUUGACUCCUACAAGAAAAGGAGACGUGGCAAUUCCUUAUCUGAGUCUCAGGGAACUGAACAUGGAGCAGUACCACAGGGUUUCUACCUCUGCCAUGCCCAUAUAUUUGGUCACUUAACCAAGCCAAGCUUUCUCUUUUUCUCUUUCAACCCAUCUUUUUUCGGGUGAAGCUGGUUUUUUUCUUACCUAUAUAUGUAAUAUGCGUAGCUUUGUUCUUCCGGGGCUUUGUUAUCUGUUCGGGUUUGGCCCCACAUUUCAUUCGGGUUGUGCAAAGUGCAAGCAAGCUGCGAAGCAAAGUGGAGGGGAGGACAUGCCUUCAUCCUCCAUUUCUCCUUUAUUGAUUUCUGCAAACUAAUGAACUCGUGCUUUGACUAUUAUGACUCCUCA